UUGGGGUUACGUAGACCGGCGUGCUGCAAACCGGGUCUGGCGCUUCGGGGUAGGUUGUAGUUCUGCUUGGUGCAGAACGCAGACUGGAGGUGGACGUGAUUGGGGUGACUCGCGGUCCUCCCUGAGAACCCCGGACCCGCCCUCCUGUCUUCGCACAUUUGUCACCGGAGCCAGACCCUCACUUUUCUUUGUUCCUAUGUGUACCAGAAUCAGUGCUGCAUAGCUUCAGCCUAGUAAAAUUGACUUUAUAAAUGAACUUUCAACUCACAUCUGCCAAGAAGUUUGAAUGAAACUUUAACUCAUACAAAUUUGUUGCUUUUUUUAAAAAUGUAUUUGGUGUAAGUUAUAAGCUGUCUGUAGCUAAGGUGUACAUGGCCCUGGGAUAAGACCAGACAAUCUUAGAUGCUCUGAGAACCUAGUAUUGUAUACUCAUAUAUGUAUAUAAAAUCAACCACAUGCUGGCAGACCUAAAGGGAGCAUAAACCAGGGACUUUGAUACCAUGCAGCAGAAGACCCAGUUAUUUCUCCAAGCACUGAAGUAUAGUUUUCCUCACCUUGGGAAAUACAUGCAGAAAAAGCAUUUGAAUCACUGUAUCUACGCUGAUCAUUAUUAUGGUAGAAUAAAAUUGAGAACAUGUCACCUAACCAAGUGUCUGCAAAAUAAACCCAAGAUACCAAAGUUAGCAAGAAACAUCCCAAGUCGGAGCUUCUCAUGUAAGGAUCUUCUGCCUAUUAAGCAAGAAAAAGGAAAAUCCCUUACAGAAAACAUGGAUGCAUUUGAAAAAGUGAGAACAAAAUUAGAAACACAGCCACAAGAAGAAUAUGAAAUAAUCAAUGCAGAGAUUAAGCAUGGUGGUUUUGUUUAUUAUCAAGAAGGCUGUUGCUUGGUUCGGUCCAAAGAUGAGGAAGCAGACAGUGAUAAUUAUGAAGUUUUAUUCAACUUGGAAGAACUUAAAUUAGACCAGCCCUUCAUUGACUGUAUCAGAGUUGCUCCAGAUGAAAAAUAUGUGGCUGCCAAGAUAAGAACUGAGGAAUCUGAAGCAUCUACCUGUGUAGUUGUAAAACUUAGUGAUCAGCCUGUAAUGGAAGCUUCUUUCCCAAAUGUGUCUAGUUUGGAGUGGGUAAAAGAUGAGGAAGAUGAAGAUGUUUUAUUCUACACUUUCCAGAGGAACCUUCGCUGCCAUGAUGUGUAUCGAGCCACGUUUGGUGAUAACAAACGUAAUGAGCGUUUUUACACAGAAAAAGAUCCAAGCUAUUUUGUUUUCCUUUAUCUAACAAAGGAUAGUCGUUUCCUCACCAUUAACAUUAUGAACAAGACCACUUCUGAAGUGUGGUUGAUAGAUGGCCUGAGCCCUUGGGACCCACCAGUACUUCUCCAGAAGCGAAUACCCGGGGUCCUCUACUAUGUUGAACACAGAGAUGAUGAAUUGUACAUUCUCACUAAUGUUGGAGAGCCUACAGAAUUCAAGCUGAUGAGAACAGCAGCAGAUACCCCUGCUAUUAUGAACUGGGAUUUGUUUUUCACAAUGAAGAAAAAUACCAAAGUUAUUGACUUGGACAUGUUUAAGGAUCACUGUGUUCUCUUCCUGAAGCACAGCAAUCUCCUUUAUGUUAAUGUAAUUGGUCUGGCUGAUGAUUCAGUUCGGUCUCUAAAGCUCCCUCCUUGGGCCUGUGGAUUCAUAAUGGAUACAAAUUCUGACCCGAAGAACUGCCCCUUUCAGCUUUGCUCUCCAAUACGACCUCCCAAAUAUUACACCUACAAGUUUGCAGAAGGCAAAUUGUUUGAAGAAACUGGACAUGAAGACCCAAUCACAAAGACUAGUCGUGUUCUACGUCUAGAAGCCAAAAGUAAGGAUGGAAAAUUAGUGCCAAUGACUAUUUUCCACAAAACGGACUCUGAGGAUUUACAGAAGAAGCCUCUCUUGGUACAUGUAUAUGGAGCUUAUGGAAUGGAUCUGAAAAUGAACUUCAGACCUGAGAGGCGGGUCUUGGUGGAUGAUGGAUGGAUAUUAGCAUAUUGCCAUGUGAGGGGUGGUGGUGAGUUAGGUCUCCAGUGGCACGCUGAUGGCCGUCUCACUAAAAAACUGAAUGGCCUUGCUGACUUAGAAGCUUGCAUUAAGACACUUCAUAGCCAAGGCUUUUCUCAGCCAAGUCUAACGACUUUGACUGCUUUCAGUGCUGGAGGGGUACUUGCGGGCGCAUUGUGUAAUUCUAACCCAGAGCUCCUGAAAGCUGUGACUUUGGAGGCACCUUUCCUGGAUGUUCUCAACACUAUGAUGGAUACUACACUUCCUCUGACAUUAGAAGAAAUAGAAGAAUGGGGGAAUCCUUCAUCUGAUGAGAAACAUAGGAAUUACAUAAAACGCUAUUGUCCCUAUCAAAAUAUUAAAGCUCAGCAUUAUCCUUCAAUUCAUAUCACAGCUUAUGAAAAUGACGAACGUGUACCUUUGAAAGGAAUUGUAAACUAUACUGAGAAACUGAAGGAAGCUAUCAUGGAGCAUGCUAAGGAAGCUGGUGAAGGCUCUCAGACACCCAAUAUUAUUUUAGAUAUUCAGCCUGGAGGGAAUCAUGUGAUUGAGGAUUCUCACAAAAAGAUUACAGCCCAAAUUAAAUUCUUGUAUGAGGAACUUGGACUUGACAACACCAGUGUUUUCGAGAAUCUUAAGAAAUACCUAAAAUUCUGAAAUGCUGCGUU